AAUCGAUCCUGGCCCGCUGCCAGGUCCGGGCAGCGCCAAGGGCACGGGCGCCGACGACCGGUUUUGGGCGAAUGCCCAAACACUGGAGUGAGACCCCGCCGGUGCCGGCGCCUGGCCCAGAGUCGGCCUCGGUGCCUGCCGUCUGCUCUGUGACGUGGGUGGUGUUGGAAGUAGUGUGAUAUCUCCACCGGCGGCAGCCCACCAUUGGUUCUGAGGUCUCGCCGUCAGUUCUCACCAACCACCAUGGCGACAUACAAGGAGAAGGGGAGGGUGUAUCGCAAAUGUUUAAGCGAGCAAAGGAAGCGCCGCGGCUUCACCACGUUCAAGGACACCGCCUAUUGCUCCUGCCUCUCCGGCAAUAUGCCCAACAUUUUCUGUGAAAUGAACGGUAUCGACAUGUCUAAGCCGUACCCGCCUCCCACAACGACUACAACAACCACAACGACCACCACUUCAACCACCGCUGCGCCGGAGCCCGAGGACCCUAUGGAGUGGGUGAGCAGCAGCCUGGAGGUGUUGGUAGGCCUAGCGGCGGUCUGUAGCUUCCUCUGUCUCCUCUGCUGGUGCUGCUGCAGGAACUCGACAGAAGACACCAGCGCCGGCUCCGAGGAUGGAGAGGAGGCCGACGGCAGGACCGGUACAACUACUGAGCGGAUUCCGUACUCGCGGUACGGUUAUCGCCCGCCGGAGACCCGGGCGGCGCCCGCCAGUACCCAGCGGGUCCCGUACUCCCGGUACGGGUACCGUCCGCCGGACUCUUCUCACCCAACGUCCGCCGCCUCACCGGUCCCGAGCGCUCCGCCUCAGCCGGAGAACAAGCCGGAGACGCCGCUGGAGGCGCCGCCGCCCUACGAGGCUCUGACGCCGUUAGGACCGCCCAGCUAUGAAGCCGUGUGUCGAGAGAUGGCAGGUGAACUCUCCGACACCCGCCCCGGGUCAGACUGUAAGUGACGUCAUAGUUAGUGACGUCACCCCUCGUCGAAGAGAAGUCGUUUAUUAUUUUUGCAGAUGGUUUCGAGGUAGUGCGAUCUCGUUUUUUCGCUGGUGAUGCAUAGUGGUGGCUAGGAUUUGGCGAUAGGACUACAACCAGCAGUACAACUGCGUGAUGCUCGUCAGCUAGAAGAUGACUAGUUCUCAGAAACCGCUAGUCUUCUGCAGGGGUAAUUACUCGUGUCGUAGUAUUGUCGGUAUAGUCAUAGAGCGCAAAGCGAGCGAGUUGUACUCAACGCGUGGCUACUGACCACUCCAAUCAAUAACGUGCAUCAAAUCAAAUGUCUCCCGUCGCUGGCGUGCUUUACACCAGGAUGCCUGUUACCAACACUUCACUACAGAGCCUUCCAGCUUUUGAUAACAGUGGAUCCUAGUCAUAAUGUUUUGGUUCACGAAACUACGACGAGCGAUAGCAAGUACUCAGUGCGUAAGCAUUCGUAUGACCAGGGGACUUUGUGCCUGAAAAUGUUGCGAGUGUCGUACACGAACUGGAGCUUUACUCAGUGCUUGGUAUACAUAAGGGUCGUAAAAGAUUGAUUAAUUUUGUCGAUGCACCGAAUGAUGCCUAUAGACAAAUAUACUUUAUUAUUGUGAUAAA